AAGUGUUUGACCGAGCGUCAGAAACGAGGGGACGAAGAAGGAGGAUAGAGCCGAGGAAGGAAGGAGGGAUGGUGGACAACUCCAACAGUAGUAAGGCACAAAUGGUGAGUCGCGCUGCUGCUCGGCGCCCCGUCACCUUCUCUCUGAGCCGUUAAGCGAGUCCGGGGGGAAAAAAAAGAAAGAAAAAAAGGGGGAGAAAACAACCACACACGAAAAAACCCCAAACCCUCCGACAGAGGCAGUUUGACGCGUCGGCUGUUAACGGACAGGAGUUAGACAAGUCAACGUCACCGCUUCGACAGGAGAAAACCCCCCUCAGAGCCAGUUUGACCUUUUAUGCCCAGCAUGUCUCAAGAGCCUGGUGUGGCCUUUCCUCAGAGCACCUCGACAGGGGGGAUGAAGCUGGAGGCAGUGAUGGAGCAACUCCAGCGCCAGCAGCAGGCCAGACUGGAAAUGGAGCGCAAGGAGAGGAAGCUACGAGAGGCCCACAUCAUGUAUGCUCAGCAGGUUGCUGCCCAGCAAGCCAUCCUGGCAGCUGCCCGCGCUUCUGGGGCCAGCUUCAUGGGCAAAAGCCUGGCCGGGGGGGGCGUCCCCGGUGUCGGGUUGCCCCCCCGCGUCUCCAAUCAGAGCAGUGUGGACUCGGAAAGAGAGGAUGACGAGGACAGAGGCCGGGAUUCUGGGGACGAGGAUGACGACAAUGAGAUGAUGGAGGGAGAUGAGGGCAGCGAUGAGGAUGAGGGAAGUGCCAGCGGUCUGGAGUUUCUCCGCAAGCAGACCCUCGCUCUGCAGCAGAGCGCCUCGCGCAUCCAGGCCCGUCCGUUUGGCAGUUACUCUGCUUCGGCACCGCAGAGGGCUGCGUCGCCACCUGUCAGAGUGAAGCAGGAACCUGACGAGGGUCUGUCUCCUGCGGGGCCUCACUCUGCUACCUCUCCGAAUGGACAGGCAGACUGGGGCUUUGAAGAUCACUUCAGACAGAAUGGGAGUGCAGGCUGGGCGGAUGAGGCCGACAGCAGCAGAGGGAGGGGGGAGGCCUCCAGAGACUUUGCAAAGCUGUAUGAGCUGGACAGUGACCCCAAAAGGAAGGAGUUUCUGGACGACCUCUUCACCUUCAUGCAGAAAAGAGGAACCCCCGUCAAUCGCAUCCCGAUCAUGGCCAAGCAGGUCCUGGACCUGUACAUGCUGUACAAGCUGGUGACGGAGAAGGGCGGCCUGGUGGAGGUCAUCAACAAGAAGAUCUGGAGAGAAAUCACAAAGGGACUCAACCUGCCCACCUCCAUCACCAGUGCUGCUUUCACCCUGCGCACACAGUAUAUGAAAUACCUGUACCCCUAUGAGUGCGAGAGGAAAGGGCUCAGCUCCCCCGGUGAGCUCCAGGCCGCCAUCGACAGUAACCGACGCGAGGGUCGCCGUCCGAGCUACAGCAGCAGCCUCUUCCGCUUCUCUCCUUCUCCUGGCACUGCCCCCCACAUCCUCUCGCCUCCCAAGAUGCACCUUUCAGCUCUGGGGGCCGGUACCUCGGGGGCCCUCAACGGCCUGCACGCCUCGCCAGGGCCCUCUCUGAAGAAAGUGUUUCCCCUAGGAUGGAGUUGUAGCAGCGGAGGUGAAGCGCGCGUGCGGGGGGAAAAACAUUAUGAGUUGAUCCCAUCCAGCAUGGCAGCAAGGCCCUCCAUGGCGCUGGCCCUGGGUCAGCAGCAGGUGGCCAGUUUGGCGAGAGCCGCUACGCUGGAGCAGCUGAGGGAAAAGCUGGAGACCGGGGGAGAGGGGCCAGAGAGGAAGAUGGCCCGCCUGGCAGAGGAGCAGCAGCGUCUGAUGCAGCAGGCCUUCCAACACAACCUGCUGGCCAUGGCUUCCCAAAUGCCCAUGAACCUGCGCCUGGGAGCCCCCGCCAUCGCCACCAGAGAUGAGAAGCAGCAGGAUAUGUCUCUGAGCAUCUCGACCAAUGGAAAUGCCAGCAUCACUGUCUCGGUGGAGGUGAAUGGCACAGUCUACUCAGGAACCCUGUUUGCCCACAAGUCUGCCGGGGCCCCAGGGCCGGCUGUGUCAGCUGCCGCCGCUUCAGCCUCCCCCGCUGGAGCCAGCACCAGCUUUGGCUUCUCUGCCGCCCAGGCACACACCCUCAGCCCCACGUCCUCCUCCUCCUCCUCCUCCAAGGGCCCCGGCUCGGCCGAGCCGGUCCCCAGCGGGUCGCCCUGACUCAAGCUGCCCUUUGUACCUGCUCCCCCUCGGCCUCUCGUCCACCAAGAGACCCCGCAUGAAUAUACAGUACAAUGAGAAACCAAUACGAAUAACAAACUGUUGCACAACAAAUACCUCAUCAACCCUGUCAGCGUCUUGGCUGUCCAAUCAUGAACACAGAGCCUGAAAAUGUUAUAUGACAACAUGUGCCCAAACGCACAGCUAUGCAUUUUAUUCCGCACACACACACAAACACACACACACACACACACACACACACACUCGUGAUUACACAGACACACCAUCUACACACAAUUGUUAAUCCUCAUGUACAUGCUAAACACAAUCAGCUCAGCCAAAACCCACUGACAGGUGUAGUCACAACUGAACUUGAAAAGUUUUAUCUUAGGACAUUUUGUUUGUUUGUUGCCAUUUUGUUGUCUUUUUUUUUGAUUUUGUGUUUUAGAAUGAUUGUGUUUUUAGUUUUUAGUUUUUUUUCCCCUUUUUACAUACCUCAAAUCAAGUAACCUGCAGUGGUGUCUUUACCUCAGGAGCUGUAGUAUAUUUAACCUGAAUCAACUUUAUUUUUGUAUUCUUUUUGACCUAGUUGCAAUCAGGGGAACUCGGGUGACUCUCACCAGUGGAGCCUCGUGUACAGAGCAGCCACCUCGCGGUGAGAGGCCUCCGAGCGGGGCCAGCUCACGUUCCUUCACCACGCUAUAUAGCUCCCUUUGCUGAACUCAAACUGGUGAAUGAGCGGUUGCUGUAGAUCAGCACAUCAAAUACCUCAUUUCAUAACUCCACUCUCGGAUCAGUUUAUGUUAAAUCCGUUGUAGAAAGGCUGGAAGUUGCAAACCUUAAAUUCGACCUGCUCGCAUUUCCGCACAGGCGGUCAUUAAACAAAGCCGGGGCGAACAGCAGCUGAGUUGCUUCUCCGCCAGGCUACUGUCGAUGAUACAGAGCGGUAGCACCGAGUCGCCCUUAGCCCCUGCUGCAGCGUCAUGUUUUGAGUUGUUGGUGCCUCCUUCCUUCUGCUGCAGCCACAGAGCUGGGCGUCAAAAUCCAACAGCGUCACUGUCACUGCGUAGAUCUCUCAGACCUGGUAUCGACCCCACCUCUCUGGAGGGCAUCUCUCUCUCUCUUUCUCAGGAAGCAAUGUGACAACUGCAAGGAAUCACUGUUAAAUUAAAGGGAAGAAAAAAUAAAAGAGGAAAGGAUUCACACCUGAAGAAUGCACAAGUCUACAUGACUGUUUCAAGAAUACCUCAUCAGACUCCCUCCAAAGGGGAGUCACACUACAUACCUCAUACGGCUGCAAAGCCAUCAAGACUUGACGCCCCCCCCCCCCCUUACCCGUGAUUGAACCCGUAUCUGAACUGAGAUCGAUGUAAAAGUACCAACACACUGCUGGUGGUUUUGGGGACAGACACAACGAGAUGGGGUUGCUAUUUUCUCUCAACCUGUAUUUACUUGUAUAACUUUAAUGCUUCCUUCCUCUUUUUCUUUCUUUCUCUCUUUCUUUCACUCUUCAAGUUGUUGUCUGAGAAGAAGGAUAUAUCUGCAUCAUUUCCAGGGGAAGAGGAAAAGAACAAUUAUUUCCUUACAGACACGUGUAGAUUUGUAGGGUAGAUAGCAGUUUUAAAGGUCAUAGGGGUAAAAAAAAAAAAAAAACAACCAUGCUAACCUUAAUUUGAUUGCAAAGUUCCCAAUCAUCGUUGAUGUCUUCUUUCACGACAGCAGCGAAAAAUGAUAUGCAUGUGUACAAUCACGUAACCAGUGCUUUAACACACCUAAUCCUCUGGUUAUUGCACAGCUAGAUACCAAAGACUUAACCCAGUCGCUCCUCUAGAACGAUCCCCCCCACGCUCUCCCCGCUCACACCCGCUGUGUUGCACAGUGCGGAAGGUUCAACAUCUGCUUUGGACUGGGGGAAAAAAAAAAUGUUGCAUCUCAUCUCACUUUAUCUAAUUUUGAGUUUGUUUUUUAAAGUUAAAAAAAAUAUAUAUUUUGGGUGAUGUGAGGUAAAAUCCCUUUGAUUUGGUGACAUGUACAGAUGGACAUCUCUGUAGGUGUUUGGCAGAUAUUUAAGUGUUUGUUAUCCGGAGCAGUGGCCCAGGGGCUGUUGCUUCUCCGAGCUGUCCCUCUGAUUUAAAUCCCGCCCGCCGCGGAUGCUUUGCUCCUCUGCCAAAGCGGAGAGAGGCCCACAGGUCGAAUAAUUACAAGACCCUUGCUUCCUAGAUAAUCCAGAAACAAUCUGGGUUCAUCGAAAAGGUAUUUUUCUCCCUUUAAAAAUAAAAUUCUUAUCAUUUUUGAAAGACCAUUAUAUGGAUGGACAUGACUUUUUCCUAGCUUCAUCUGUGUUGAAUGUGAGGCAUUUAAACUGUUUAAGAGAACCUCUUAAAGCCCAGUGUGAACUGCGGUGGGCAGCCUUGUUGCUUUUUAUUAGACUGUAUUUUAGCCAUUACGUGUCCGGUUUUUGCAGACAUUUUGCAGUGCAGAUCAACAGUUGAGUUGGGUUUGAGGGGGCUGGCGGAUGGUGCUGUUAGUCCUUUUUGCUGUACCAUUCAGAACCCCGUAUGACACAUAACUGUAUUUUAUAAAAAAAAGGUGAGAAUUGUAGAUGCUGCCUUAAAAGUAGUUGCUGGUGAGAUCCAGCCGGCGGAGGUUUCACUACUCGGCUGGCUGGGAGGGGGUGGGUGGGGGGGGGGGGACAAUGUCUUUCUCUUCGAGCUUAAUCCUUUGGAGAGUAAUCACUUUUUAGUGGGGGCAACAAUUCAAUCAGAUGUCAGACCAGUAGUGAGAGAAGAGUUUUGCUAUUUAUUUGUGUUUCGUUUUCAUUUUUUUUCCCCGUGGACCUUGAGCUUAUUGAUUUUAGGCUGUGUUACUAAAACACUUUGUGAUUACUGAGUCCAAGCUUUUCUGUUUUCUUCUGCUUAGUUUAAGCAACGCCUGUUUGGUCAUGUAGCGUCACUGCCGUUGUGUGUGUGUGUGUGUGUGUGUGUGUGUGUGUGUGUGUGUGUGUGUGUGUGUGUGUGUGUGUGUGUGUGUGUGUGUGUGUGUGUGUGUGUGUGUGUGUGUGUGUGUGUGUGUGUGUGUGUGUGUGUGUGUGUGUGUGUGUGUGUGUGUGUGUGUGUUUGUGUGCGCGCGUGCGUGCGUGUGUGUGUGUGAGAGUGAGCAGGUUCAGUGCAUAAUGUGGCUGCAGUUUUAAGAUGUGGAGUAACAGGGCCGACAUGCACUUGUUAUAACAUUAAGGAAUACUGCAGGUGGCGCCACUGCUAAAAUUAUUGCAUCAGUGGGAAGGAGUAGAUGACAUUUCUUUUUAUUAUUUUUUUGUUCAACAAUAUUUACUUGCAGCCACAGUCAUCUGCUGCUGGUCAUGGGCACUUUGUGUUUUGUUGUUUGCGGAGAACAAAGUGUUGUAGGUCAGUCGUUCACUUCUACCAGCAACCGUCUGGUAACUACCCCAACCUCCUUACACCUGACCUGCUUUGUGAAUGGUGUGUGUGUGUGUGUGUGUGUGUGUGUGUGUGUGUGUGUGUGUGUGUGUGUGUGUGUGUGUGUGUGUGUGUGUGUGUGUGUGUGUGUGUCAGAGACACACACCUCCCCUCUCCCAACUUUCACCAUAACACAAUACCUCAGGGCAGUGGGCUGUAUUCACUGUCAUUCACUGUUCGAUGUUGAAGCUGCAUUGGGGGACGAGUGCUGACAGAAGCCGCGGCCACUUAGCUGAAUGCUUCUUUGGUUUUGGUGUUGCAUUUUUGGAUUUUUCUUUUGUUGUUGUUGUCGUUGUUGUUGUUGUCGUCGUCGUCGUCAGUAACUGCAGGAGAGGUCUCGUCACUCAGGAAGCUGUGAAGUUGGAAGUCUGCAGAACCUCCCGUCUCUCAGAUGAUUUUUGGAGUUAAUUCAGUUUUAAAUUGUUUAAGAAACUAACCUGAUCUGUGUAAAAACAGGCGCAUAUGCAAGUGGUUAUCGAAUACCUCAUUUAUCAAUUUUAUGUCGUUGUUUUUGGCUUGUACAAUGCUCCGUAUAUUAAUUCAACUGUGGGGUUUGUGCAUAUUUUUGUACUGUUGUUAUUAUUAUGGACAUGAUAAUAAUGAUAUUACUGAUAUUAUAGUUUUCUCUUUGAUUAAAAGUAAACAAAAAAAUAGGACAAAAUACAUGAAUGCUUGUAAAAACUGGUUUGUGCUGAUUGUAUUUAAGAGGAGCACUUUCCAAAGUGGUUUUCACACAUUCAGUUUUGUUCAUAUUAGUAAUAUAAAGAUAUGGUUCUCAGGGCUUUAAACUUGUAUGUCAUGAUAAAGUUUUACUUUAUAUCUUA